AUGUUUUCGACAUCACGUAAUGAGACAGUAGCUCGUGUAUUCAUCAUGGAUUCUGAACUGGGAGUGUUAUUCGAAAUUACUAUUUCAAAUACAAGUGAUAAUAUUUUUCAUCCGUUUGCUGAUAUUACCGAGCUUGGUCAUAUUCCUGAUGAAGAAGAAACAUUAUUUUUUGCUGGUGCGGUUUUUCGUAUUGACUCUGUUCAAAAAGAAAGUGAUUCGAUAUGGAUUGUUAAGCUUAAUCUAUGUAACGAAAGCGUUGAACAGAUAGAACAAGUCAUCGAUGGUGUCAAAGAACAGUUAGAUACUUUAACAUGUUGUCAGGAUUUAUUUCUCAAAGCAGAGUAUUUGAAGAUGUUUACUAGAUAUACCGUAAAGUUAACAGGAAUUCCAUAUCGCCUGGAGGAUCUAGUGAAGAAAAGGUUUCAAUUAGACUUCUAUGAUUUAUUAAUUCGUUUGGGCGAUCAUGAAUCUAUAGCUGAAUAUCUCGACAAUCUUGUUAUUAAUAGAACUAUUGAUGAAUCACAACGUUUAGUUCUUCACAUUGUUAUCGGUUACAAUUACUUUAACCUGUCAGAAUUUGAUAAAGCUUUAUUUUAUUACGGUGUUGCAUAUUCAUUGUUAGAUAAGAGAAAUCGAUUAAGAGGUUAUCUUUAUCGGCAUAUUGGGGAUGUGUGGGUAGAACAGCAUAAUUUGAAAUAUGCGUUAUCAUAUUACAACAUGGCAUUGGAAAUAAUUAUGAAUGACAAUGCGAAUGACCAAGAUAUUGGUCUGAUACACAGAAAGCUUGCUUAUGUAUAUCGACAACAAAAUAAAAACAUUGAUGCUUCUGUACAUGAAAGCCUAGCUGAUAAAGCUGAUACUAAGCAUAGACAACGAACGGAUUUUAACCUGGAGGCUUCACUUAACUUUUUUCUAAAUCAAUUAAUAAACAAAUCAGGUAGUUCAGAAUUACAGCACGCCGAUACAUUGUAUUCAACUGGAAUUUGUUUAUUAAAGCAAAGCAAAUAUUCUCAAGCAUUAGAGCAUUUUUUACAAUCAAAAGAAAUAUACAAGAAACAUUUCACAACGUCAAAAAGUGUUGUUAGUAAAUUUUCCAGACUUCUCCUUAGUAUUGCAUUGGUUUACCUAUUGUUAAAGGAUAAUUUUAAGGGAUUGUUGAUGUUGAAAGAAGCUGUUGAUAUUCUUGAACGUUAUCCGUCAAAAUAG